AUGACACCGGGGAACCACGUCAAGGGAAGGUGCUUCGAGACGCAAGGCCCUCAUAUUGCUGAGGACAACCUUGCGCCUCGUAGGACUUUGCUCAAAGUGGUGACGAGGCAGCCAGCAUCUGGCAAGGCAAGCGAAGUUGAAGAUCUUCUCGAGUUUGCUUCCUUUGGCCCGCAUAGCAGCGGAGUUUCGCCUUCUGGUAAUCGCUGCGACGGAUCCGAGCCAGAGGCCGGCUCAGCCUCAAAAGUCGACAAGCUGUGGCUCUUCCGCCAUUCAGAGUUGAUCCACGACGAUGAUCCUAACAUCAACCACUACUUUAACGUGCCCUUCGACGAGCAAGCAGUGUUCGAUGAUGAAGGCAUCCUUGUUUCUCCCCUCGACUUCAAGCGAGCUUUGCAGCAUCCGCGGCCCUACUUCAGGGUGUUCAACCUUUACCAGCUGCCGCGAUACCUCCAGGAGCAGACUGUCGAGAAGUUGGCGACGCUGGCUGGCGAGGUGUCGCGGCUGCAGCACGCAUUGGGUGACGUCGGCAGAGCAGGGCAGCUGUCGCAUGGACAGGGCCCAGGCUACCCUGCCCCAGAGCUGCCAUCGGUGCCCGGGGCACUAGCUCCAGCUUCGGCCCCGGCAGAGCCCAUCGUGCCGGAUGCAGGCAAAGCGCCGUCGCUGGCAUCCACAGGCCUUCCGGUGUCGCCAUGGCCAGUUAGAAGCCAGCCGCAAGCUCCCGUAGCAGAGCCGCCGCCGGCUGCCUCGCCUAAUUGUCCUUAUUGCGGUACCCCGUACGAGCCGGAGGGGGCCCUGUUCUGUGGAAGCUGCGGGAAGCUGCGCCCCACGACGCCCUCGGAGCUGCGCUCUUUGCCCGCAAAUCUCCCGGAAUGGCCAGGGGCAGCCGCACCGGUUUCCUCGUUGGCCGACCGCCUCACCGGCGUUUCCUCAUCUACUUUGCCAUGCUCCAGAGGAGCUUGCCAAGUCACCACUACGCCAGCAGCCCCCGCAAGCGCGACGCCCAUCACCAGUUUGUCCGGGCCCCGAUCCGGCCUUGCCAACGGCAAGGCGGCAGCUCCAGUGCCCAAAAGGCAGGUGGACGUGACCCUGGACAAGGAGUCGCUGAAGCCAGCGGACCAGUGCUGGAACUGUGGCAACAGGUUCAUGCCAGACUCAGAGUUUUGCCGGAGAUGCGGCACGAAGCGGGACAUGGUGCCAGUGGUGCAAGCGGACAGGUUUGGCUUCGCGAAUGUGCCAGGGGACGAUGGCAGGUCGCUGCAGAUCACUUGGAUUGAUCCUGAUGGGCUUCUUGCCAAGUGGAAUGCGGAGCAUCCAGACCUUCAGGUCAACGAGGGGGAUCAAGUUGUCGCCGUGAACAGCUUCACGGAGGAUGUGGAGGCCAUGCGAACCCAAUUGCAGCAGAGCCGCAUCAGAAUGGCCGUCAAGGUCUUCGAGGUGCCUGACGCACAGGGGGAGCCUGACAUGGGCCGCUUGGACAAUGCCACGCGACUCGUGCUGCCGAAGACAGCAACAGCUCCAGCAAGCGACUUGCUGGCACGCUGCCGAGACAGUGGCAGCAUGUACAUGGCCGAUUCACGCUUCCCUCAGCGAUGCCGAGGGCGGACAGAGACGGGUUGA